AUGAUUAGAAUACUCAGUAACUCAUUCAAAUUACCCAAUCGAUCUCAACUUCGAUUCAAUUCUUCAUUCACUAACAUCAAACUAUCAAUCAUCAACUCAAGACCAAGACCAAGUUCAAGCAUUUCUAGAAACCUUCAAUCAAAACUUUAUCAAACAAGAUUUCAAUCUCAUCAUUUCAAUUUAUCCAAACGAUUCAUCAAUCUACAAUCAAAUUCAAAUCAUCAAAAAGUACCCGAUCUAACUUCCCCAAUAGUAGCUCAUCAUCUAUUGAUAGUAGCAACCUUAGUAUUCUCAAUAGUAGUCGUAGGUGGCUUAACACGUUUGACCGAAUCAGGUUUAUCAAUCACCGAAUGGAAUUUGAUUUCAGGAACUUUACCACCUUUAUCAGAACAAGAAUGGUUCUCAGAAUUUGAAAAAUACAAAAAAACACCUGAAUUUAAACUUUUAAAUCAAUCAAUCGAUCUAGAUUCAUUUAAAACGAUUUAUCUUUGGGAAUGGUCACAUCGAAUGAUUGGUAGAUUGAUAGGUUUAACAUUCUUGUUACCUAUCCCAUUUUUCAUACGUUAUAAAUUAAUUAGAAGUCAACAAAUCAAAUUAGGUUUAUUUGGAAUCGGAACUUUGAUUGGUGCUCAAGGUGGAUUAGGUUGGUAUAUGGUCAAGAGUGGAUUAGAUCAAAGCGAACUUAACAAACGAGAUGGGAUUCCUAGAGUGUCUCAGUACAGAUUAGCAGCUCAUUUAGCCAUGGCUUUUGUUGUUUAUGGGUCUUGUUUAAGAUUGGCGGGUGGGAUCUUACGUGAUUGGAGAUUGUUUUAUCAAAACUUACCGAUUGGUGGAAUGAACACUUCGGUUUUGGAAUCUGUAAAGGUUUUGGAAUCUAAAGUUCCUAUGAGAGCUCGUGGAUUAGUUCAUUCGGUCACUGGACUUGUGUUUCUUACUGCUGUCUCUGGUGCAUUUGUGGCAGGAUUAGAUGCAGGAUUAGUUUAUAAUACCUUUCCAUUAAUGGGAGAUCAUCUAAUUCCUCCUAAAUCCGAAUUAAUUUCUACCACGAUAACUAAUCGAAACGAAGGAAGACCCGGAUGGAUUCGAAACAUAUUUGAAAACCCAACCACCGUUCAAUUCGAUCAUAGAGUCUUAGCAAGCCUAACCUUUACAUCAAUCAUUGGAUUAUUUACAUACCUUACGAAAAAGAAAACUUCAUUACCACCUACAACUUCAUUGUGGAUCAGAUCAAUGCUUGGAAUGGUUUCGAUUCAAGUCGGAUUAGGGAUUUCGACUUUGGUUUAUUUGGUACCUACUUCAUUGGCUGCAGCUCAUCAAGCUGGUAGUUUGGUUUUACUUAGUUUGUCAAUUGCUACUGGAAUCUCUUUACGUAAACCUAAUCGUAGGAUCUUUUUACAGUAUCUUGAUUUGAUGAAAUCUAAAAAAACUCAUUUAAAACCUAUAGAAUUUCAUAAUGUUAAAAGUAAUUGAAAUAUAUAUGAAUUCAAAAAGUUUAAAGCAAAAAAGGAUAGAUGGUAUUUUUUUCCUUUUGAUUGAGUAUAUAUAUAAUUUGGUUUUAGUUUGAAUUCCCUACUCUUGUAACUACUUUAUCAUUUGUAUUUCGAUUAUAAAAGAAUAUGAAAAAAAUCUUUCAUGAAACAU